CUGGACUGUGGGAGCUUUCCUUUACCGGCCCGGCCUGGGGGCGUCGCCCGCUGAGCCCGCGGCGCCCGGCCGGCUAAUUUCCGGGGCGGGGCCACGGCCCUUUUAAGGGCCGAUAGCCCCGCCCCGUGGGCGUGAGUUGUAGGGUUUUAAGGGGCGGGACGGCGGCGGCCAGGGUCCUCCCCGGGAUUAGCGCUGGGUGGGCGCGCGCCGCGGGCCGCCAUUUCUUGGCGUCUCGGCGUCUGGUGGGGAGCCGCCCCCUCCUCGGCUUCUUCCCUGACUUGUCCCCUGAGGUUGCCGGAGAACCGCGUCCCCUUCGCCGUCCCGCCAUCUUCUCCCUGCCCAGUGACAAAAAUGCUGAGCUUCCUGCGUAGAACUCUUGGGCGCAGGUCUAUGCGUAAACAUGCUGAGAAAGAACGACUCAGAGAGGCACAAAGAGCAGCCACACACAUUCCUGCAGCUGGAGAUUCAAAGUCCAUCAUCACCUGCCGGGUAUCCCUUCUGGAUGGUACUGAUGUUAGUGUGGACUUGCCGAAAAAAGCCAAAGGACAAGAGCUGUUUGACCAGAUUAUGUAUCACUUGGACCUGAUUGAAAGUGACUAUUUUGGCCUGAGAUUUAUGGAUUCUGCCCAAGUAGCACAUUGGUUGGAUGGUACAAAGAGCAUCAAAAAGCAAGUCAAAAUUGGUUCACCUUAUUGUCUGCAUCUUCGAGUUAAGUUUUAUUCCUCAGAACCAAAUAAUCUUCGUGAAGAAUUAACCCGGUAUUUAUUUGUUCUUCAGUUAAAACAAGAUAUUCUCAGUGGAAAAUUAGAGUGUCCCUUUGAAACAGCAGUGCAGUUGGCAGCUUAUAAUCUUCAGGCUGAGCUUGGUGAUUAUGAUCUUGCUGAACAUAGCCCUGAAAUUGUCUCUGAGUUCCGAUUUGUGCCCACUCAGACUGAAGAGAUGGAACUGGCUAUUUUUGAAAAAUGGAAGGAAUACAGAGGACAGACACCAGCACAAGCUGAAACCAAUUAUCUGAAUAAAGCCAAAUGGCUUGAGAUGUAUGGAGUUGAUAUGCAUGUGGUUAAGGCUAGAGAUGAAAAUGACUAUAGUUUGGGACUUACACCAACAGGAGUCCUCGUUUUUGAAGGAGAGACCAAAAUCGGCUUAUUUUUUUGGCCCAAGAUAACCAGAUUGGAUUUUAAGAAGAAUAAAUUAACACUGGUGGUUGUAGAAGAUGAUGAUGAGGGCAAAGAGCAGGAACACACAUUUGUUUUUAGACUGGAUCAUCCAAAAGCAUGCAAGCAUUUGUGGAAAUGUGCUGUGGAGCAUCAUGCCUUCUUCCGCCUCCGAGGACCUGUCCAAAAGGGUUCUCAUCGCUCUGGAUUUAUUCGACUAGGAUCACGGUUCCGAUACAGUGGGAAAACUGAGUAUCAGACCACAAAAACCAAUAAAGCAAGAAGAUCAGCAUCCUUUGAAAGAAGACCAAGCAAAAGAUAUUCUCGACGAACUCUACAAAUGAAAGCAAGUGCCACAAAACCUGAAGUACUAAGUGCUCACAAUAAUGUUUCAGCGCAGAGUAAUAACUCCCAACAGGCUUGGGGUAUACAAUCUCCUGUGCCUGUGAUUCCUUCCACAUCCUCUGGUCCUGUGCUGGUAGAGAUAGAGAAUCUUCCACAGAAUUCUGGAACAGACCAACACGACAGGAAAUGCUUGCCUCUGAGUAUUGAUUUUCUCAGUAGCCCAGACUUGUUAAAAACAACUGUUGGUGAUAUCGUUGGGGCGUCAGAUACUAUGGAAACAUCCCCAGCACUGGAUAACACUAACAAAACCACCAGGCCAACUGGAUUAGAGGAACCUAACAUUGAGUGUGAAACACUGACAGAUGCCACAGAGAAACUCAAACAGAUUGAGGUGGAGAAUAAUCCAGUGUCAUCCCCACCAUCAAACAUUGAUGUUAACAUCAACAGCCAGGAGGAAGUGGUGAAGUUGACUGAGAAAUGUCUUAAUAAUGCCAUUGAGAGCCCAGGACCAAAUGCCAUGAGGUUUCCUCCUGACUUCAAGAGUAACAUUUUGAAGGCUCAAGUAGAAUCUGUGCAGAAGGUUACAAGAGAAGAUAGCUUAAGUCAUAAAAAUGCCAGUGUUCAGGAUACUUCCACAAUCAGUGCUGUAUUAAAUGAGAAUAAUGUUCCCCUCUGCCAAGAUUCCCAUGCUGUGCUACAUACCACAGCUGCAGACUGUGGUUCUGUUCUAAAGGAUGCUACAGCUGAAUUAGAUGCCUUACUUUUGUCUCUAACUGAGAAUUUAAUUGACCACACAGUCACACCUCAGGUAUCUUCAGCAUCCAUGAUCACACCUCGGUGGAUUAUUCCACAGAGCAGUGCCAUUUCUAAUGGGCUUGCAGGAUGUAGCUCAUCUUUAGAAGGGACAGAGGGACAUGGUAAUAAAGACAGAAUCUCAAUGAUCUCUACCCCAGCACCAUUCUUGGUAGAUGCUGUAACCAGCUCUGCUCCAAGUUUGGCCAGAGACCCUGUCCUGAAGCAGAAGUGUUUACUGACCACUGAGCUCUAAGGGGUCCCCUUUCCCACACACUUGUAACUGGAAUGCUCAGCACUGGCCAGCAGCUGACCUGGAAUCUUUUUGACUGGAAUGUGUUGGACUCAGGACCUUGUCCUGUACUUGUAGGUAAAAAUGCUCUACCUAGAUUUGACUUCAACUCCAUUUAAAAAAAAAGAAAGAAGAAGAAGCUUCAUUUUCCGUCCAACUGGAAGUUUAAUCAUACUACAUAUCUUAUCAGCAGAGGAUAUCUAGUCCUUUACUUUGUCUAAUACUAGAGUUUGCAAAUUCCUGAGUCAGGGCAGUUCCCUGCUGUUUCCUUCAGACUUUUGGCUCCACCUAGCGGUUAUGUGCUCAUAGCAAGGCAACCUUGGCUAGCAGCAGCCCUUUGUUUACUAUUUGUUCCUGAUCUGAAUGCCCUUUAGAUUUCUGCUACUUUCCCAUACAUUAUCUGGAAAAAUCAGGAAACUGUGAUAGAUAGUAGUUGGUAGAUUUGGGGUAGCUCUUUGUGUGUGUGUGUGUGCCAGUCCUGGGACUUGGCUGCUAUCCCUGAGCUUCUUUUGCUUGAGGUUAGUGCUUUACCUUGUCUGGCUUUCUUAGGAGUUAACUGGAGAUAAGUAUCACAGACUUUCCUUCCCAGGCUGGACUUGAACAUUGAUCCUCAGAUCGUGGCCUCCUGAGUAGCUAGGUUACAGACGUGAGCCACUGCCACCCUGCUUUGGGGCAGCUCUUUGCAGUUACUGCAAUACUCAAUAGAAGGUAGAAGAGAGUUUUAAAUAUCUCCCAUGCUUCAAUUGCCUAUGAACAGGCUAUCUUAAAAACUAAAAAUUUAUGCCAAGGUAAAAUAGUCACUGAGAAGAACUAUAAAGCAUUCAGUUGUUUUCAUAUUCUUACAAGUUCUGCCACAGGAAGCACUUGUGUGCACUGCAUACCUAAGUGACUUUG